AUGCAGGGGCCUGGGGGAGAGGGGAAGGCCCCUCAGGGCACACCUGCGGAGCCUGGGCUGCUGUCCCGCGGGACCCAGCUCCUCGCCCCCGGGCUGCCGCAGCCUGUGGGUGUCCGGGGUCCUCGGCCGGUGCUCAGGCUGCCUGUGCCCGUCCAGGCCAAGUACAUCUCGCAGUGCAUCGAUGAGAUCAAGCAGGAGCUGAAGCAGGACAACAUCGCCGUGAAGGCCAACGCCGUCUGCAAGCUGACAUACCUGCAGAUGUUGGGGUACGACAUCAGCUGGGCCGCCUUCAACAUCAUCGAGGUGAUGAGCGCCUCCAAGUUCACGUUCAAGCGUGUCGGCUACCUCGCUGCCUCCCAGUGCUUUCACGAGGGCACGGACGUGAUUAUGCUGACGACCAACCAGAUCCGCAAGGACCUGAGCAGUACCAGCCAAUACGACACUGGCGUCGCGCUGACUGGCCUCUCCUGCUUCGUCACCCCGGACCUCGCCAGAGACUUGGCGAACGACAUCAUGACGCUGAUGUCGCACACGAAGCCCUACAUCCGGAAGAAGGCCGUGCUGAUCAUGUACAAGGUGUUCCUCAAGUACCCCGAGUCGCUGCGCCCCGCCUUCCCGCGGCUGAAGGAGAAGCUCGAGGACCCCGACCCCGGGGUGCAGUCGGCCGCCGUGAACGUCAUCUGUGAGCUGGCCCGGCGCAACCCCAAGAACUACCUGUCGCUGGCCCCGCUCUUCUUCAAGCUCAUGACGUCGUCCACCAACAACUGGGUGCUCAUCAAGAUCAUCAAACUGUUCGGUGCUCUGACCCCCCUGGAGCCGAGGCUGGGCAAGAAGCUGAUCGAGCCGCUCACCAACCUCAUCCACAGCACGUCCGCCAUGUCGCUGCUCUACGAGUGCGUGAACACCGUGAUUGCAGUGCUCAUCUCCCUGUCCUCCGGCAUGCCCAACCACAGCGCCAGCAUCCAGCUUUGUGUGCAGAAGCUGCGGAUUCUGAUAGAAGACUCCGACCAGAACUUGAAGUACCUGGGGCUGCUGGCCAUGUCCAAGAUCCUGAAGACCCACCCCAAGUCCGUGCAGUCCCACAAGGACCUCAUCCUGCAGUGUCUGGAUGACAAGGAUGAGUCCAUCCGGCUGCGGGCGCUGGACCUGCUGUACGGCAUGGUGUCCAAGAAGAACCUGAUGGAGAUCGUCAAGAAGCUGAUGACGCACGUGGACAAGGCCGAGGGCACCACCUACCGCGACGAGCUGCUCACCAAGAUCAUUGACAUCUGCAGCCAGUCCAACUACCAGUACAUCACCAACUUCGAGUGGUACAUCAGCGUCCCGGUGGAGCUGACGCGGCUGGGGGGGCGCCGCCCCGGCCUGGAGGGCACCCGUCAUGGCCAUCUCAUCGCUGCCCAGAUGCUGGACGUGGCCAUCCGUGUGAAGGCCAUCCGCAAGUUCGCGGUGUCCCAGAUGUCCGCGCUGCUCGACAGCACACACCUGGUGGCCAGCAGCACGCAGCGCAACGGCAUCUGCGAGGUGCUCUACGCCGCCGCCUGGAUCUGUGGGGAGUUCUCCGAGCACCUGCAGGAGCCCCAGCAGACGCUGGAGGCCAUGCUGCGGCCCAGGGUCACCACGCUGCCCGGCCACAUCCAGGCGGUGUACGUGCAGAACGUGCUCAAGCUGUUUGCGGCCGUGCUGCAGCAGGAGGAGCGGGCCGGCGAGGCACAGGCGGCCCAGCAGGCCACGCAGCUCCUGGCCGACCGCCUGCCCCAGUUCGUGCAGAGCGCAGACCUGGAGGUGCAGGAGCGGGCGUCCUGCGUCCUGCAGCUGGUCAAGCACGUGCAGAAACUGCAGGCCAAGGACGUGCCGGUAGCGGACGAAGUGAGCGCGCUCUUUGCCGGGGAGCUGAACCCCGUGGCUCCCAAGGCCCAGAAGAAGGUGCCCAUCCCCGAAGGCUUGGACCUGGACGCCUGGAUCAACGAGCCGCUCUCGGACAGCGAGUCUGAGGACGAGAGGCCCAAGGCCGUGUUCCAGGAGGAGGAGCAGCGGCAGGCCCGGCAGCGGCAGCCCGAGGCCGACGAGGAGGAGCUGGCCCGGCGUCGUGAGGCCCGGAAGCAGGAGCAGGCCAACAACCCCUUCUAUAUCAAGAGCUCGCCGUCCCCGCAGAAGCGGUGCGUGGGCACGCCGGGCGUGGAGCACAUCCCCGUGGUGCAGAUCGACCUGUCCGUGCCUCUGAAGGUCCCAGGGCUGCCCAUGUCGGACCAGUACGUGAAGCUGGAGGAGGAGAGGCGGCACCGGCAGAGGCUGGAGAAGGAUAAGACCAGGAGGAGGAAGAGGAAGGACAAGGAGAAGGGCCGGCACCGCCGCCACAGCUCGCAGCCCACCGAGAGCGACGAGGACAUCGCGCCUGCCCAGCGGGUGGACAUCGUCACCGAGGAGAUGCCUGAGGAUGCUCUGCCCAGUGACGAGGACGACAAAGACCCCAACGACCCAUACAGGGCCCUGGACAUCGACCUGGACAAGCCCCUGGCUGACAGCGAAAAGCUGCCCGUGCAGAAACACAGGGACGCCGAGCCCUUGAAGUCCCCUGACAAGGAGGACGUCCCCACGGGUGGGAAGAAGAGCAAGAAGCCCAAGAAGAAGGAGAAGAAGCACAGGGACCGCGAGAGGGAGAGAGGGAAGAGGAAGGAGGAGAAGAAGGGUGAGGACUUGGACUUCUGGCUGUCCACCACCCCACCGCCAGCUGCCGCGCCCAGCCCAGCCACGGACGAGCUUGGGGCGCAAACCGCUGACACCCCCAAGGGCGAGAGCGUGGAGCCCAGAAGAGAGCGAGGGGAGGACAGCGCCGAGGACCACGACCUUGACAAGAAGGCCUCCAAGCACAAGAAGAAGAAGAAGCACAAGGAGAAGGAGGCCCGGCCCAGAGACAGGAAGAGAGCCAAGAAGCGACCGACCGCGGGCGAGGCCGAGGCCGAGGCCGAGGGCCAGCGCGAGGCCCAGGCGCUGGAGCCCAUGUCCAGCUACGGCCUCCUCGCUGAGAACGCCUACAUCAAGGUGACGUACGACGUGCAGGGCAGCCUGCAGAAGGACAGCCAGGUGACCGUGUCUGUCAUCCUGGAGAACCGCAGCAGCAGCUUCCUGAAGAACAUGGAGCUCAGUGUGCUGGACUCGCUCAAUGCCAGGAUGGUGCGGCCCGAGGGCUGCUCCGCGCAUGACGGCGUGCCUGUGCCCUUCCAGCUGCCGCCGGGUGUCUCCAACGAGGCGCAGUUUGUCUUCACCGUGCAGAGCAUCGCCACGGCCCAGAAGCUCAAGGGCACCUUGUCCUUCAUCGCCAAGGACGAUGACGGGGCCACGCACGAGAAGCUGGACUUCAAGCUGCACUUCAGCUGCACGUCCUACCUGGUCACCACACCCUGCUACAGCGAUGCCUUUGCCAAGCUGCUGGAGUCUGGGGACCUGAGUGGGAGCUCAGUCAAGGUGGACGGCAUCAGUGUGUCCUUCCAGAACCUUCUGGCCAAGCUGUGUUUCUACCACCGCUUUUCUGUGGUGGAGCGAGAAAGCAGUGGCCGCGGGGCCUGGGCCUGGGCCUUCACUUCACCCCCCCACCGGGCCCGCUGCCCCCAGGGCGAGAGCUCCGUCUCCGUGGACGGGAAGUGCAGCGAUGCCGCGCUGCUGAGCAGCCUGCUGGAGGAGCUGAAGGCCACGCUGGCGCAGUGCUGAGCCGGCUGCAGCCUGCGGCGGGGCAGACGUCAGGUCCCUGUCGCGUUGAUCCAUUUCGUCGUCGUCCUACUUUGACCUUUGACACACUCUGGCAAGAAGCCCCUCCUGUCCCCAGACCAGCAGGCCGCAGCCUGGCUCUGCUCCGUGGCCUGCGCAGGGACCAACUGGAACGUGGUUGCAGGGUCUGGCCGGGGCCUGGGGACGCCAGGAAGGGGCACUCGGCAGACAGUGCGGCGGGCACGGGGUGGCCCCACUUGCAGACCGGCAGUGUCAGCAGGGAUGUGGCCAGGCUGCUGUCCCCGGCCCAUGGCGAGGACUGGUCACGCAGCCCACAGCCCCUGGACGGGCCCGGGCUGCCCUGCCAUCUGGGCAGGGAAGGCCCGUGUCCUGGGCUGUGUCCACUGGGUGGAGGCCUGAACUGGGUGUCCCCAUGGUCAAGGGCCUGCGUCCCGGUGCCCCUGCCACCUGCGCAGCUGGCAAGGGACCAGACCAGACUCCCUGAAGGUCCACCUGCUGCGGGGUGGCCCUCCACGUGUGAGCCUUGCCUGUGGGUGAGAGCUGUCACUUAGCAUGUAGUCACCUGUCCAGAGCCCCAUGCCGUGAUUCUAGACCCUCCAGACGUGUGGCGUGUCACCCGAGAACCGAGUUGCUGCCGACACUCCCGUACGGAGAGGCACAUCAUGCUGUUGAUUUCGUGUCCCGACGACCCAAUAAAGUCGCAGAGCAGACA